GGCAGGGCAGGCGGCGCUCUCUCUUGGCGACCGAACGGCAAAGAGGGCAAAAUGUGGCAGGCAGCGCUCCGGAGGGGCCCGAGCCGACUCCCCCUCCUCGCCGGCAGAGCCUUCUCGGCUGCCGCGGUCCCGGCCCCCAACGCCCAGCCCGACAUCACUUGCAAUAAGAUUUUCAUCAACAAUGAAUGGCACGAUGCAGUCAGCAAGAAAACUUUCCCUACCGUGAACCCAUCAACAGGGGAAGUCAUCUGCCAGGUGGCUGAGGGAGACAAGGCAGAUGUAGACAAGGCUGUGAAGGCAGCCAAAGAGGCCUUUAAGUUUGGAUCCCCUUGGAGACGGAUGGAUGCCUCCCACCGGAGCAAGCUGAUCAACCGUCUGGCUGACCUGAUUGAGAGAGAUCGGGCCUAUUUGGCCGCUCUGGAGACCCUGGACAACGGCAAGCCGUACGCCAUUUCCUAUCUGGUGGAUCUAGACAUGGUUGUCAAAAACCUCCGGUACUUCGCAGGCUGGGCAGACAAGUUCCAUGGGAAAACUAUCCCCAUUGAUGGAGACUUCUUUACCUAUACAAGACACGAGCCUGUAGGAGUUUGUGGGCAGAUCAUUCCGUGGAAUUUCCCAUUGCUGAUGCAGGCGUGGAAGCUUGGCCCAGCACUGGCCACUGGAAAUGUGGUGGUGAUGAAAUUGGCUGAGCAAACUCCCCUGACUGGUUUGUAUGUGGCCAGUUUGAUCAAAGAGGCUGGAUUCCCACCAGGUGUGGUGAACAUUAUUCCAGGCUAUGGGCAUACCGCAGGCGCUGCCAUAUCCUCCCACAUGGAUGUGGAUAAAGUUGCAUUCACUGGUUCCACAGAGGUUGGGCACAUGAUCCAGAAGGCUGCAGCUGAGAGUAAUCUGAAGAGAGUGACCCUUGAACUUGGUGGCAAGAGCCCCAACAUCAUAAUGUCGGAUGCUGACAUGGACUGGGCUGUCGAGCAAGCUCAUUUUGCCUUAUUCUUCAACCAAGGACAGUGCUGCUGUGCUGGAUCUCGGACAUAUGUUCAGGAAGAUAUAUAUCAUGAGUUUGUGGAGAGGAGUGUGGAAAGAGCCAAAUCCAGAGUGGUGGGAAACCCAUUUGACUUCAAAACAGAACAGGGACCUCAGGUAGAUGAGACUCAGUAUAAGAAGAUCCUUGGCUACAUUAGUACUGGGAAAAAGGAAGGAGCCAAACUGCUCUGUGGAGGUAAUCCUGCUGCAGACAAGGGCUACUUUAUCCAGCCAACUAUCUUUGGAGAAGUGCAGGAUGACAUGACCAUCGCCAGAGAGGAGAUAUUUGGGCCAGUCAUGCAGAUCUUAAAGUUCAAAACCAUUGAGGAAGUCAUCCACAGAGCAAACGAAACCAAAUAUGGCUUGGCGGCAGCAGUCUUCACAAAAGAUAUUGACAAAGCAAACUACAUUUCCCAAGGGUUGCGUGCUGGAACUGUCUGGGUAAACUGUUACAACGUGUUUGGCUGUCAGGCACCAUUUGGUGGGUAUAAAGCAUCUGGACAAGGUCGUGAGGGGGGAGAAUAUGGUCUGGCACCAUACAUGGAAGUGAAAACAGUAACUAUCAAAGUCCCACAGAAAAAUUCUUAAGAAACAUGCGCCUGUUUUGAUUAUCUGAAACCAUCUUUAUACAGUUUCUGAUGCUUGAUAGCAGAAUUUAACAGAAAUCAAACACCUUCAUGAAGCAAAUCUGGACUUCUCCAAACAACCUGAAAGUCAAAUGUAACUUACAUUCAAGAAAGAAAAAAAACUGUGCUUGCCUGCUUAUAUUUUACUUACCAGUAGCUUUUUUUCUACAUCAGACACUUCUGUACAUUAACAUUUCAUAUAUGAAGAUCUGAUUAAGUUCUCUAAUAUUCAUCCUGGCCCUAUGAAGAAAAUCUCUGUGUGUGUGUGGUAUGGUACCAAUUUAUGGUAAUUUCCACUUCUUUCUACAUGUAACAUCCACAAAAAUAUCUCUAUAUAUAAAUGAGAACUCCAAAAUGUGCUACUUAUUUUGACUAUUAAAUGCUAUGAAGGCAA